CAAUAUGCCAACAAAUAUGGCAGAGUCAUGUUCUGGGGAAACUUUAUUUCCUACUUCUGCAUACCAAAUUUGUACCUGCAGAUCUGUUACUGAGAAGUCUGAGAUACCAGUGCCAUCAUAAAGAAGCCAUACCUGAAUCAAAGGAAAUGGAAGACAGUAAUAUGUUACCUCAGUUCAUCCAUGGCAUACUAUCAACAUCUCAUUCUCUAUUUACACGAAGUAUCCAAGAGCUUGAUGAAGGGGCCACCACACCAUAUGACUACGAAGAUGGUGAGCCUUGUCAUAAAACCAGUGUGAAGAAAAUUGGAGCUUGGAUCCUGCCCCCACUCUACUCCCUGGUAUUCAUCUUUGGUUUUGUGGGCAACAUGUUGGUCAUUAUAAUUCUGACAAGUUGUAAAAAGCUGAAGAGCAUGACUGAUAUCUACUUGUUCAACCUGGCCAUCUCUGACCUGCUCUUCCUGCUCACACUCCCAUUCUGGGCUCACUCUGCUGCAAAUGAGUGGGGUUUUGGGAAUAUAAUGUGUAAAGUAUUCACAGGGCUCUAUCAAAUUGGUUAUUUUGGUGGAAUCUUCUUCAUUAUCCUCCUGACAAUUGAUAGGUACUUGGCUAUUGUCCAUGCUGUGUUUGCAUUAAAAGCCAGGACAGUCGCCUUUGGAGUGAUAACAAGUGUAGUCACUUGGGUGGUGGCUGUCUUUGCCUCUCUACCAGGAAUUAUAUUUACUAAAUCCGAACAAGAAGAUCAUUAUCACACCUGUGGCCCUUAUUUUCCACUACUAUGGAAGAAUUUUCAAACAAUAAUGAGGAAUAUCUUGAGCCUGAUCCUGCCCCUACUUGUCAUGGUCAUCUGCUACUCAGGAAUUCUCCACACCCUGUUUCGCUGUAGGAAUGAGAAAAAGAGGCACAGGGCUGUGAGGCUCAUCUUUGCCAUCAUGAUUGUCUACUUUCUCUUCUGGACUCCAUACAAUAUCGUUCUCUUCCUGACCACCUUCCAGGAUUUCUUGGGAAUGAGUAACUGUGUGAUUGACCAGCAUUUAGACUAUGCCAUGCAGGUGACAGAGACUCUUGGAAUGACACACUGCUGCAUUAAUCCUGUCAUUUAUGCCUUUGUUGGAGAGAAGUUCCGAAGGUAUCUCUCCAUAUUUUUUAGAAAGCACAUUGCCAAACGUCUCUGCAAACAGUGCCCAGUUUUCUAUAGGGAAACAGCAGAUCGAGUGAGCUCAACAUUCACUCCCUCCACAGGGGAGCAAGAAGUCUCAGUUGGGUUGUAAAGUAAGUGGGAGUUUGCCUUUUUUUUUCUUCUCUUCUUUCUCUUUUUUAAGCAGGGAAGCGAGGAGCAGUUUGUAUAUAUCAACAAGCCUCAAAGACAGUGAUUCUUACUUUUGGAUCAUGAUCCCUAUGUGGGGGUCAAAUAACCCUUUCACAGACGUCACUUAAAACCAUCAGAAAACAUAGAUAUUUACAUCAUAAUUCAUAACAGUAGCAAAAUUACAGCUAUGAAGUAGCAGCAAAAAUAAUUUUAUUGUUUGAAAUCACCACAACAUGAGGAACUGUAUUAAAGGGUCACAGGAUUAGGAAGGUUGUGAACCACUGCUCAUAGAUAUAUUGAACAAUAGAGACUUUCAAAUCAGAUGCCUAGAACCUUAGGAUUAUGCCACGACUGAACUAUAUCUUUUCUUGUAUAUAUAAUACAUGUUUGGGAAAUAUUUUAGAAUAAUAAUUGGUAGAUUCUUCAGCUUUCCAGUGAACUCUGUCCCUGUGAAGAGCCUCAUUGCCUUGUGGCAAAAUUAUUUUACCAAUCUUCACUAUGUUUUUUCUUAUUUCUAACAAGAAAGAUGUGGAAUUUACAGGAAGGAGGGUAUGAGGCUGUCAGGACUGAGUGACAAGAAGGAGGAGAUAUGCACUGUUGAUCUUGGGUGAAGAUGGAAAUGAAAGUGAGCAGGGGACCUCGCAUUUCUUUCUCAUUUGGGAAGAAAUGUCCUGGUCUUUGGUUCUUUCUCCCACCUGUGUUUAAUUUUGAAGGCUUAAUCAGGUUGUGGAAAAUCUGGAAACUGUAAUAGCUAGUUGGGAACCUCAUUUGAGUCCCAUGGUCCUUUUAUACAUAAUUGCACAACACAUCUUUGCUUUGUUAUUUUUUUAUCUAUGACAGCAUGGAAAAUCUUUUCAAUAUCACACUCUGCUGUUUACAUGUUUCUCAAGCCACAGCUCCUUACAUGAUAUUUAUUGUUUAUAAAAAUUGCAUCAUUAAUUAUUAGCCUAAAAAUAAUAAGGGCUCUUGUUUGAUUUUUCCAGGGAGAGCAGAAGGCUGGAGGUAGUGAAUGACCAAGAAUGAGGAGAAAAGCCAAUUUCUCCAUCAGACAUAGAGGGCUGUAGCAAAAUGGCAGGGAUGUGUGGGAUAGUAGAAAUGGUGUGUUAAAAACUGCAUAGAAUCAGAAGCAAAAUGGAUGCCUCAGCACUGAGGAAAGGUUUCUGUCAGGCUAUAAACUGGUUUUAUAUUAUUGUUACUACAUUCUGCCUCCCCACUACCUUUGUACCUGCCUCUUUCUUCAUAGCCUUUAUCUUUCAACCUCCACCUGGGGAAGGUAUAUAUGGAAUAGUCAGACAUGAAAGCCUGGUUAGUUUAUGAGAGAAAAAAAGCACUGUUAUGUUAUGGUUUUGUGGGCAAAACAAGACUGGAUGAAGCAGGGACAGAAGCCCUUGCUUUGAAAAUAAUACUUGGGAAUAUAUCUUAAUUACAUGGCAAAAUAAAGCUGGAUAAAGAAGAUUAUAGAUGGAGUGGGAAGAAGUGUGUCACAGACUAUCUUCUAAGCCUUAUUUUUGGAUAUAAAUGUAAUUCAAAUAUUUAAAAAUUAGAAAUAGAAAAAAAUAAAAUCAAGACUGGUUCCUUUAACUU